AUGCAACAUCAUAGUCAUAGUGAACAGUCAGCUUAUAUGCCAGAAGUACCGUUUCAACCAUUGUGGGCCCAAGAGGCGCCCCCACCGCCGCCCAUAAUGCCGUAUCCCGAAUUAAUCACAGGAUUUCCUUGCACAGAUUUAGCUCUUUGGCAACGUUCUCAAGUCAAUAAUUUAGUUAAUUCGCGUACAAAUGGCGGCACACGUCAAACGAAUGGCUCUUCGAACGGUUCCAUAAACUCCAAUGGAACUACGACAAUAAAGAAAACCAGACGACGUACAGCUUCCCUGGCUCAGCGAAGAGCUGCCAAUAUACGUGAACGUCGCCGUAUGUUUAAUUUGAAUGAAGCGUUCGAUAAGCUCAGACGUAAGGUCCCGACUUUUGCUUAUGAGAAACGUUUGUCACGCAUUGAGACCUUACGCUUAGCCAUCACUUAUAUUGGUUUUAUGACUGAACUGUUAACGGGUACUCCCACGAAAAGUCGCUCCGCCGAUAGUUACGGCACUAUGAACGGUCAUCAUCAUCCGACGGCAAUACCAGCCCAUCAUUUACAUCCUUCAGCAUUUCAAAGAGAUUUCGUCUCACCGUACGGGCAUAGCUUAGGUUAA